GGCACAACACCUGUCAUAUCUGACCACGUCAACGUUUGACCGGAAGUGCCUCUCUUUGUGACGUCACGUGUGUUACUUUAUGCUUUAUGCUUUUGUUCUUUGUGCAGUUUCACUUUAGUUUGAGUCAGUCUGUAGUUUGUGUGGCAGUGUGUGUGUUUAAACCUGCAGCAGUCUGUGUUUUAUCUCUCAGUCUGACGGUUUUAUUCAUAUUAACUGAUAAGUUAUUUGACUGGUGAACUGAGAAUUUGGUUCUUAACGUCAGACGAAGUUGCGGUUUGAGGAUUUUUCGUGGAUUUUGAGAGUUAAUCAGCCGCCUGAUCGUCACUUCACAACACAACAGUCAUGGCCUGUAGAAGUGCCCGUCUGCUUGCGAUGGGCUACUAUGUUUAUGAUGAAGACACUGAGUCCUACAAGAGGACCGUUUGUUACAGAGAGACCCUGGUCAGGAAUUUCAAGAAGAGGAGGGACACUCAUCGUACGGCCGUCAGCCACAACGCCAGCAGUGAUUCUGCUGACGUCAUGACCAACCUUAACCAGUAUGACGAUGACCUGGAAUCAUCUUCCUGUGAAGGUGGGGACUCACUCCUCCACAAACCAGACCCCACCAGGAGGAAACCAGCAGCCUCCACCAGCUCCACUGAUGCUCCACGUCAUGGAUUUGGUGCCAGGAUUUGGAUUACUGCCUUCACUUUGAUGGCUCUUUGGCACCUCCUGCCCACAGUGCCCAGCUUCCACAUGAUCGGUUCAGCUGUCACUCAUCCUGGUGACCUCAGCACCACCAAGGCUCCAUCUGUGAAGAGUCCAUCUUCAGAAGCUGGUCCUGGUCUUGACCACGUCGAGCUCAGCCCAGAGCUGAAAGAGGCUGCUGAGAGGUGGCUCAUGGACCGAAUCAAGGAGCAACGUGAGGCUGAUCAGCGGCGCUGUGAACGCCCGAUUGCAGACAGAAUGGCUGACUUUGCUCUGGAGCCUCUAGGUGCCACUGUGGUCCAGUCCAGAUCGUCUGAGACCCACCACUCUCAGUCCACGUGCAGGACCCUCUUUGGAUUUUCUCUGUGGUGUCGCUCUCAGAGUCCACGAGUUGCCAUUCAGGGCUUCCCGGAGCUGCUCCCGGGGAGGUGCUGGCCGUUUCAGGGUCAUCAGGGGACUCUGGUCGUCGCUCUGUCGCACCCCGUCAGGAUGAGUCACGUGACUUUGGACCACCUGCCGAGCUACAGCUCCCCCAGUGGACGCAUUGACUCGGCUCCCAAAGAUUUUGAGAUCUAUGGGAUGGAGGACAAGGACGACGACGGGACUCUGCUGGGCAAGUUCACGUACGACCAGGACGGAGACCCGACACAGACGUUUGAGCUGCCUAAACCCAGCGAGGUCCAUCGCUACGUGUCCUUACGUGUGCUCAGCAACUGGGGUCACGCAGAGUACACGUGCGUGUACAGAUUCCGUGUGCACGGAACGAUGGACGUCACAUGAUGUUUGAAUUAAAUUUGUUUGUUUGUUUGUU